CGAAGUUUGUAAAGCGCGCGCAGUCAGCAUUAACCACUUGUAAGGCGCACUUGCUCCCAAGCUUCAUUUUAAUUGAGAGAAAUAGCGCUGAGCGUAGUCUUGCUUACGCAUCGUGAAAUAUACAUAGCGCAUAUCAUGAUGUCGCGAAUCGCGAUCAUCAUCGCUCUAUGCGUUCUAUCGAGCGAAGCACGCAACUUUAAUGAAAUGAAGGAAAUAUUCUGGAACAAAAUUCAAGAGAACGUUGAAGCGAGUGAGACAAAGGAUGAGUUAUACAAAUCUGCCGAGUUCUCAACGCGUUCAAUUGGGUUCGACGAUGAUCGAGAGGCUCAGCUGAGAAGUCGUACUCGGACAUUACAGAAUUUACCACCGGCCGUAAUGGCAAGAUACAUCGUUAAUCAAGCUGAUUGGGGGGCCGUAGCGACGAUAAGCACAAGGAAAGAUGUUCCAGACUUUCCCGUUGCAAAUUUGAUCUCCAUCGCCGAUGGGCCUGUUGGAGACGGUACCGGAAUACCGUACAUGUAUCUCACCCCUUUGGACUAUACCGCUCAAGAUCUUGCUAAAGAUCAUCGUGCGACUGUGUUCGUAUCAUUAGCUCAAGGAAACUAUUGCAAGGAUAAGGGAUAUGAUCCGAUGGACCCAAGAUGCGCUAGAGUCCUUCUGACUGGAAAGAUUAAAGCGGUGAAAAACGAGACUCAGAAAGUCGUGGAACAAUUAUUUUUCGGUCGUCACCCAAAAUUACAGAAUAUGCCUGCAGAUCACCGUUUCUUUUUCGCCCAGUUGGACAUAACUACAAUUGCCUUAUUGGACACCUUUGGUGGACCGAAAUAUAUUUCCGUUGAUGAUUACUUAAACACACCGACCAUCCGCAGAAAUUCUGAUUUGCGCCGUAGAAAAAUUAUUUUUAAUAAAUCUACUGUUUGACAAGAGUAUACUUCCUGUCAGAAUCUAAUAAGAUCCUGAUAGUCCAAAUUUCCAAAGCUUGAUAUCAAGUCUUCCCUAGAAAGGAAUUUUUAAAACUAAUUAAUAUAUUUUUAUAUGUCUAAUAACUUGCAUUGUUAAGAAUUUAUGUAAAAACUAUGUGCAUUACUGGGGAUUUC